UCGUUACCUAGUGCAGAUGCUACGGAGGGGAGGGGGGGAGCAGUUGCGUAACCUGUCUGCGCUAUAAACGGAUAAGCACCUCGUCAGUCUCAUUCAGCACCGAACUUGACUCGUUUGCGCAGGAUAUCCCUACAGAUCCAAGGCAGACUCUCGCAGUCACUUCAACUAGUCAGCCAUGGGCAAGGAGAAACUUCACAUCAACAUUGUGGUGAUUGGUCACGUGGACUCUGGCAAGUCAACCACCACUGGCCACCUGAUCUACAAGUGUGGUGGCAUUGACAAGAGGACCAUCGAGAAGUUUGAGAAAGAGGCUGCGGAGAUGGGGAAGGGCUCCUUUAAGUAUGCCUGGGUUUUGGACAAGCUAAAGGCAGAGAGGGAGAGGGGCAUCACCAUUGACAUCUCACUGUGGAAGUUUGAGACCAGUAAAUACUACGUCACCAUUAUCGACGCCCCUGGACAUAGGGACUUCAUCAAGAACAUGAUCACUGGAACCUCCCAGGCAGACUGUGCUGUGCUGAUCGUGGCGGCCGGUGUUGGAGAGUUUGAGGCAGGCAUCUCAAAGAACGGCCAGACACGUGAGCAUGCCCUCCUGGCCUACACUCUGGGAGUGAAGCAGCUGAUCGUGGGAAUCAACAAGAUGGACUCCACCGAGCCCAACUACAGCCAGAAGCGUUAUGAGGAGAUUGUGAAGGAAGUCAGCACCUAUAUCAAGAAGAUCGGCUACAACCCAGAUACUGUAGCAUUUGUCCCUAUAUCUGGCUGGAACGGAGACAACAUGCUGGAAGCCAGUCCUAAUAUGACCUGGUUCAAGGGAUGGAAGAUCACCAGGAAGGAUGGCAACGCAUCCGGGACCACCCUGCUCGAAGCUCUGGAUGCCAUCCAGCCCCCGACCCGCCCUACUGACAAGCCGCUCAGACUGCCCCUGCAGGAUGUCUACAAGAUUGGUGGUAUUGGCACUGUGCCUGUUGGGCGUGUGGAGACAGGCAUGAUCAAGCCAGGCAUGGUGGUGACUUUUGCCCCUGUUAACGUGACCACUGAAGUGAAGUCUGUCGAGAUGCACCACGAGGCCCUGAGCGAAGCGAUGCCUGGAGACAACGUGGGCUUCAACGUCAAGAACGUGUCCGUCAAGGACAUUCGGCGUGGCAACGUGGCCGGGGACAGCAAGAAUGACCCUCCAAUGGAGGCGGCUCUCUUCACUGCUCAGGUGAUCAUCCUCAACCAUCCGGGUCAGAUCAGUGCUGGCUAUGCUCCAGUGCUUGACUGCCACACUGCCCACAUUGCCUGCAAAUUUGCUGAGCUCAAGGAGAAGAUUGACCGUCGCUCAGGCAAGAAGCUUGAGGACAACCCCAAAGCUCUGAAGUCUGGAGAUGCUGCCAUCGUGGACAUGGUCCCAGGGAAGCCCAUGUGUGUGGAGAGCUUCUCGGAGUACCCUCCACUGGGUCGUUUUGCAGUGCGUGACAUGCGCCAAACUGUGGCCGUUGGCGUGAUCAAAGGUGUGGAGAAGAAAGCCCCCUCCACUGGCAAGGUCACCAAAUCAGCCCAGAAAGCCCAGAAGACCAAAUGAAUGUUGUGCAGCGCUGCCGACUCCAGAGUCACCCAUGGCAGGACGGUGGUCACCCAACCCCAGCCCCCUACUGGUUGCUUUAACUCCAUAGUCAAAGACUGGUUAAUAAUCACAAUGCAUCGCAAAAGUAUCAGAAGGAAAGAAAACUUAAGCCUAUUCCUUAUAACGGACUCCCAUUUCAAAGUGGUUAGAUUCAUUUGUAUUUAUUUACGUAGUAAUAGCAUAUUGCUAGAUUUUAACAUGUACUGUUACAUUGAUUAAAUACAUUGUCCCUAAUGUGAUAUUGUAACCAUAGUGGGGUGGGGUAAUGCCCCGCCCCCCCCCCCCAAGUGCAGUUAUGUCUUUUUGCUGACUGUCUUGUUUUAGUGUUUGUUUGUAAACUACCUGGGGCUUUGUGGUAGCCUACGGUAACCUACCACUAUUAUCAGUAGAAUAUUAGAGAAAUGUAGCUUAUGUUGUGUUAUAACUUUAGAGUAAACCAAAAAUAUAUAAAUGGUUUUACAUUUGUCUUACUGCAGGCAUACUAUCUUCAACUCUCCAAGCACUUUUAAUUGGCAUUUUGCUGAGUUUGCACAUGCACUGGAAAACUUUUAAUUGGCAGAAGCUGUUGCACCUUACCUUGUUCACACUGGCUCAAGCCUUUUCAUGACAUUAAAUGUUUUAACCAAC